AUGUCCGCGACAUUCGACGCAGAUGCGUUGCAGUCCAUCGUGGCCUCGCACAAUAAGACCCUGUCGCAGGUGACUGUCAAGGCGGUGGGGUCGCAAUUGGCCUUGAUGACUGGUAUCUCGGUAGGCCUUUUGAUGGGAAUCAAAUAUCAGCUACCCGCGCCAGCACAUCCAGCCGACAACCCCGACUAUGAACCACCACCACCGGCCAUCUCGAAUGGCUUCUUUGCGUGGUUCAGCCCGGUCAUCCACCUCCGAGAAGAGCAGAUGAUCGCCAAUAUCGGCCUCGACGCUACCACCUUCCUCCGCUUCCUCCGGAUGCUCCGAAACAUCUUCACCGUCCUCGUCCUCCCCUGCGCCGGUCUCAUGACCAUCAACAUCAUCUACAAUCUCAAAUUCGUCGACAGCAACGCCCGGACCUCGCUCAACCUCCUCACCAUCCAGAACGUUUCCGGAAACUGGAUGUGGGUAUCCCUCGGCAUGUCCUACAUCUUCAACUUCAUCAUCAUGUACUUUAUCUGGGUGAACUGGCAGGCGAUGAUCCAGCUGCGGAUCCGGUGGUUCCGCUCCCCUGCGUACCAGACGAAAAUCUACUCGAGGACGUUGAUGGUCACGCAUGUGAGGAAGGACUAUCGCAGUGACGAGGGACUCGUGGCGCUCAUGGGGAAGCUGAAGGUGGAUGGGAUCAAGAUCGGUCCUGAAAUUGAUUGCACCGCCAUUGGCCGCCGGUUGGAGAACUUCCCGGCGAUGGUGGAGGAUCACAAUGAGGCGGUGAAGGAGCUGGAAGCGUAUCUUGUCAAAUAUCUCAAGGAUGGGAAGAUGGCGAGCAAGCGACCCACAUUGAAGAAGGGCGGAUUCAUGGGUAUGGGCGGUCAAAAGAAGGUUAGCUCAAGUCUUGGCCAAUCGAGAGCGGCAGCUGACAUGCAGGACGCUAUCGACUACCUCGCGCAGCAGAUCAAAUUCCUCCGUGACAAAAUCGACGAGAAGCGCGCCGCUAUCGACUCGCUCCUUCGCCAAGAACGCAAAGCCCGAAAGACCGGCAAACCCACUUCCCGAGUCGAAGGCGAGAACUACGGCUUUGUGACCUUCAAGACUAUCGCCGAGGCGCAUCGCAUCGCGCAGACCCACCGGGGCAAGCAGAAGGAGCUUCACGGCGCGGAGCUCGCUUUGGCGCCUAUGCCGCUUGAUAUUGUAUGGGAGAAUAUCAGCAAGGAGCCGAGCGAGGUCGUCACCAAGCGGAGUCUCGGAUUCGUCUGGAUAGCCCUUGUUUGCUUCUUCAACACGGUGCCGCUAUUGCUGGUAUCGGCAUUAGCCAACUUGGGUCAGCUUACGAUCUACAUCGACUUUUUGGGCAAGUGGCAAAGAGCUGGACAGUGGGGCGACUGGACGUUCUCAAUCGUCUCCGGUGUACUUCCCUCGGUCAUCGCCGUACUCUUUGGCUACUUCCUCCCUAUCAUCAUCCGCAAGAUCUCAAAAUACCAAGGCGUCCCUACCCGAUCGAGGCUCGACCGCGCCGUCACCGCCCGCUACUUUUUCUUCAUCAUCGUCUCCAACAUGGUCAUAUUUACGCUUCUCGGUGUCGCCUACUCGUCCAUCGCGACUGUUGUCUCCCAGAUCGGGCAACACAAGUCGGUAUGGGAAGUCUUGAAUGGACUGGAACAGAUCCCGUAUCUCAUCCAAGGCACAUACGUCCAGCAGAGCACCUACUGGUUGACUUGGCUUCCACUUCGAGGUUUCCUGGUCUUCUUCGAGUUGAUCCAGCUCAUCAAGCUCGCCCUGGUGUCCCUGAGGCGGGUCAUGUUCCGCCACACCCCGCGAGAGGUUCGGGACAUGACCAAGCCAUCAUACUUUGAUUACCCAGUUGUGUCGGUCAACAUGCUCUUUGUCUGCGCGGUCGGAUUGAUCUACGCUCCAUUGGCGCCGUUGGUGGCUAUCGGAGCUGCGGCGGUGUUCUGGUUCUCGUCCAUCGUGUACAAAUACCAGAUCCUCUACGUCUACGUCUCGCGAGCCGAGUCUGGCGGAAGGAUGUGGAAUGUCUACGUCAACCGGUUGAUGGCGUGUGCAGUCUUGAUGCAGUUGCUCAUGAUGUUGACGACUGCUCUGGUCCGUCGCCGAUGGUUGGACAGCAUCGCCGCCGUCCCCCCAGUCCUCAUCAUGAUCGCCUUCAAAAUCUACAUGUCGCGCACGGCCGAAAGCAGAUUCCGGUACUACAAGCCCACUCCCGAAGAGGCGGAAACCGAGCGCCGGAUGUCCAUGUCCGAGAAGCGUACUCGUCACUCGGAGAUGGAGAAGCGGUUCCUCCACCCGGCUCUCCAGCACGACAAGCUGUACCAAAUCAUGGUGCACAAAUCGCAGGAAUCGCUCGCGCGCGAGGUGCUCAGCGUCUACCCCUGGUUUGCCGGAAAGCACCAGCACAACGGUGUCGAGAUCAAGGCGGUUCGGGAGGAGAAUCUGGAGUAUGACCCGACGGCGGAUGGGGCGAAGAGCGAGGCGAACUGGGAUGCUCGGUCUGUCGCUUCAACGGAUAUGCUCGGUGGGACCAAGUCUGAGUUUGGAACGCCGUACCUCCAGAGCGAGGAGUACAAGCAGUACCCUCUCCCCAGGCAGGGAGAGUACGGCCACUACCCUCUUCCAAACAACGACUCGUCCGUCUUCAACCUGCCGCUCGACAAUCCCUCCACGGACCAUCUCAUCGGGCAAGCACAAAAUCGAUCGGAACAGUGCACCCCGCGGAGACAGGCGUCUCGGCCGUACCCUUCCCACGGGAGCACUUCGGACUCCAUGGCGGCCGCUCCCCUGAUGGACCAUGUCCAGCCUACCCCGCUCAGCCCGCAGCACCCACACGGGCAGCAUGGUGGACAUGGCUCAGGCGGAGGCGUCCCUUACCCCCCUUCAGCAUUCACCUCCCCACCCGCCGGAUACACCCCUCCCGCGAUGAGGCGCCAAAAUACCAACAUAUCGGUCCAGAGCGACGCGUCGUGGGAUCGCGGAGACCUGGGCAAUGCCCCGGCGUACGGGCAGACGCCGGGACAGGGUCAGGGACAGGUGAGGCAGGAUAGCGGCGCGAGCAGCAGGCUGCCGAGUUGGAUGGCUAGCCCGGCGGCGGGAGGGGGGUAUGCGGACCCUUACGACGCGUAUGACAGGAUGGCGGGACCACCUGGUGCGGGCGGAUAUGGGAGGCGGUGA